AUGAUGAUUAAUUUACUAGUUCUACUAAUAUCAAUGUCACCAUUGAUUCAGGCGUCAAUAUAUAUGGGAUUCCCCUUCAAUGAACAAUUACCCAAUAUUGGACGAGUAAACCAAGAAUAUAGUUUCACCAUAGCCAACACCACAUAUAAAUCCAAUAGUAAUGGGGAAAUAUCAUAUCAAGUAAAUAAUUUACCUUCAUGGUUAUCAUUUGAUUCAUCAACUAGAACAUUUACUGGGAAACCUCAAGAAUCUGAUGUAGGACAAUUUGAAAUUACUUUAAUUGGUACUGAUUCCACUGAUCAAUCUCAAUUAUCUAAUAGUUAUACUAUGAUGGUUUCAAAUGAUACAGGAUUAUAUUUAACUUCUACAGGAUUAUUAUUAUCAGAAUUAUCUAAAUCAGGUCAAACUAAUGGUAAUGGAGGAUUAGUUGUUAAACCUGGAGAUAAAAUAAAUAUUCAAUUUGAAAAAAAAUUAUUUGAAAGUUAUUCAACUAGUGAUCGUCCUAUUAUUGCUUAUUAUGGUCGAUCUGCUGAUAGAAGUUCAUUACCAAAUUGGAUUUAUUUUGAUGGUGAUGCCUUGACUUUUUCCGGUACUGUACCUUAUGUUACUUCAGAAAAUGCUCCAUCAAUUGAUUAUAGUUUUAGUUUUAUUGCAUCGGAUUAUUAUGGAUUUGCUGGUGCUGAAGGUAAAUUUAAAAUUAUUGUUGGUGGACAUCAAUUGAGUACAUCAAUGAAUCAAACUAAUAUAAUCAAUGGUACUAUAGGUUCUAUUAUUGAUGAGGAAAUCCCAAUAUUAUCAAAAGUUUUCCUUGAUGGUCAAACUAUUACUAAAGAAAAUAUUUCUGAUAUUUAUUCUCAAAAUUUACCAAAUUAUGCCAUAUUUGAUAAAAAUAAUUUUACCAUAACUGGUAAUUUCCCUAAUACUUCUUCAUCAGAUAAUUUUACUAUUGUUGUCAAAGAUAUUUAUGGAAAUAGUGUUGAAUUAUCAUAUUCAUUUGAUAUUAUUGAUUCAAUUUUCACAAUUGAUUCAUUAAAAGAUGUUAAUGCUACUAAAGGUCAAUAUUUCCAAUAUCAAAUUUUGAAAUCAUAUUUUACUGAUGUUAAUAAUACUAAAGUCAAUGUUAAUUUUGGAUCCGGGUCUAAUUCUGAUUGGUUACAAUAUCAUGAUUCCAAUAUGACUUUAUCUGGUAUUACACCGAAAAAUUUUAACAAUUUAAAAGUGGAAAUUGACGCUGAAUCUAAUUCAGAUAAAGAAUCAAGAAGUUUCCAAAUCAAAGGUGUUGAUAAGAAGAUUGUAUCAAGUACUUCUUCUUCUUCAUUAUCCCUGAGUACUUCAAGUAGUUCUAGUUCUUCUGUGUCAUCAUCAACAUCAGAUUCUAGUGUUGUUGCAACUGAAACAUCAAGUCCUAUUACUCAUAAAAAGUCCAAUAAAAAUAAAGCAUUGGCCAUUGGUCUUGGUGUAGGGAUCCCCGUGUUUUUAAUUCUUGUGGCUGCAUUAAUCUUGUUAUGUUGUUGUUUCAAAAGAAGAAAAAACAAAGGAAAAGGUACUGAUGAUAAUGAUGAAUAUCCUAAUGAUUCAAGAAAACCAAUACCAACUAAUGGUGUUGCUACUGGUGUUGCCGGUGCCGGUGCUAUGGCUGGUGCCGGUGCUGCUGUUAUUGCAACUAGUUCAAAUGAAUCUAUUAAAGAUGAAUCCACGAUGAAUGUUUUAAAAUUAGAACAUAAUUAUUCUAAAUCAUCAAGUUCAUUAACUCAAGUAGAAACAUCAAGUACAGAAUCAUUUUAUGAUACUCAUGAAAAUACUCCAAUUGUGAAAUCUUGGCGUGCUAAUACUGAAUCAGAUAAUAAAUUGGCUCGUAUUAGUAAUGGAUCAUUAGCAACUGUGAAUACAGAAAAUUUGUUUCUGGUAAGAUUAAUUGAUGAUUAUUCUGCCAGAAAUUCUGAAACUUCAUCGAAAUUUUUAAGUAAUAAUUCAUUAAAUGCUUUAUUACGUCGUGAAUCAUCAUCUAAUAAUAAUUUCCAAAGAUUAGAUAGUAAUGGUAAUAUUGUUGGUGAAUUGAAUAAUCACAGCAAAAGUAAUCGAUCAUCACUGUCGGAAAAAUAUAUGACACAAUUAUCAUCACCUUUACCACCUUCAUCAUUACCACAACUGCAAGCAAAUUUAGAUAUUGUUCCUGAAGAAAAAUCUCGUGAUUUAACUCAAACUGGUAAAGAUGAAACUACUGGUACCAUAAGUAAUUUACUUUUACAAUUUAAUGAUAAUAGAUCAAUUGAUGAAUAUGAUAAUUCAAUCGCUACUAGGCAACAAUAUGGUAAACAACAACAACAACAACAACAACAACCACAACAUCCAUUAUCAAGAGAAAAUUCAUUUUCAAAUCAUUAUGAUUUUGAUAAUCGAUUACCAUCUCCAAAUUAUGCAUUGGAAGCAAAAUCAAAUAAAUAUGGAGGAACAAAUUCCAAUGGAUCAACUAUGAUAUCACCAUCUAGUGAUACAUUUUUAUUAGAUGAAUCAACUCCAGUAAAUAAUCAUCAUAUAAUAUCAACAACUGCACCCACAACCACAACCACAACCACAACCAAUAAUAAUAACAAUAACAAAGAUGGACAAACCAUGGAACAUCAAAAUUCAUCAGCAAUUUCAUUAGGAUCAAUUAAUUCUGAUAAAUUUUUCUUUGAUAAAAAUCAUCAUAGUAAUAACAACAACAACAAUAAUAAUGGACAUACACCACCACCAAAUAAUUUAAAUAUUGGUAAAUCAGCUAAAUUAGUUGAUUUUACUAGAAAAGGUAGUUUAAGAGAAUCAGCUUAUGAACCUGAUUACGUAUACACUGGUCAAUCAGCAUCAAUACAGAUUGAUGAUAGUGAUUAA